ACGCACAUAGCCUCCCUAUUCGCACACGGAGAGAAGGAGGCAUCGCGUGCUCCGGUCUGGGAUACCAAACUACUUACAACUUUAGAGAAGAGCAAUUGUCAAGAUAUGGACUACAGCCAAAGGGACUAAGAACUGUCAAGCAACUGCAGGCCUGAACUUGGGAUCUAGAGACAUUUACAUCAUUUGUCAUCAUGGAAAACUCAAAUGACUUCUUCAACUCUACAGCGUUGCCAAACACGACUAUGGCCUCUCAUAUGCCCCCUUGUGGUGAAGAAUGGACCCGUAUCGACAUGUCUACACUCAUCCCUGCAAUAUUUAGCAUUAUUAGCAUAUUUGGCACUGUCGGCAAUGUCUUAGCUAUUAGCGUUUUAGCUCAUUCAAGUACGCCAAAAAGUGUUGCCAAUACUUUUAUGGUAAACUUAUGCGUUGCCGAUUUGCUAUUCCUACUUUCGCUACCACUAUGGGCUGCAUACUAUUCACAAAACUACAACUGGACUUUUGGACGUGUGACUUGUAAAAUAUGCGGCGCGCUCUUAAAUUUCAACCUCUACGCAUCCAUCUUCUUCAUUAUGUGCAUGAGUAUCGACAGGUAUCUAGCUAUUGUCCACCCUUUGAGGUCCCUAAGUGCUCGCGACCCCAAAAUUGCGAUAUUCACCUGCAUUUUAGUAUGGGUCUUGGCUUGUCUCUGCUCCGCUCCGACGCUAGCUCUACGGGACAUCCACGCUAUCCCGGAGUUGGACGUCAAAGCAUGCGGCAUCAAGUACCCAAACGAAACCUGGUUCUUUGCUCUCGCCUGGAUGAAGGUAAUAGUAGGUUUCGUCCUUCCUUUGAUCGUUAUCUGCUGCUGUUACGGUGUUAUUGGGAGACACUUACUAGCUGACACAGGCCUGGUAAGAAUGCAAAGUACAAAGCAGUCCGUGAAAAAAUGCGUGGAAUCUAAAGAUCAGAAAGGAACAUUUGAGCGUCCGCCGACCCCUUGCCCCCACCCGAGGUCCGGUAAUAGCAAACCGCUUGAGGGAAGAGGACUGCAAAGAGUCUUAUGGACAGUAGCUGCAGUUGUAAUAGCAUUUUUCCUAUGUUGGUUUCCAUUUCAUUGCAUUACCAUGUUCGAUAUUGGCAAAGCUUACGGAUGGUUGGAAGGAUGUUGGGUGGAUUGGACCAUUCAGAAUUUCACCCCAAUUACUCUCUGCUUGGGGUUCUCAAAUUCAGCAAUUAACCCGCUACUCUACUGCUUCAUCGGACACCAUUUCAGAGGGAGGUUAGGUGGGCUGUGCAAGGGGCUGGGUGCAUGUGUGAAAGCACGCGGAGAGGAGCACCACAGCCAGAAGAGAGGGUCCUUUAGCACCAGGCUCAGUUCAUUUUCAAGGAAACUCAGUGAUCUCAAAGACUUGGCUAUUGUCGAGAACGCUCAUCCAGCUUGAAGAAAAAUAAAACGAUGUAGUUCCAUGCAUUCAAGAUAAUAAACAACAUGAUAUCAAGCUAUUGUAAAAUGUAUAUAAGGUCCAAGUCUGUCGGACAAGUAUGAAUACUCCAAACUUGUACUACUUUUUGCUGUAUUAUUGCUUGGAAAGAAAGUCCAAAAAAUUGCAGGUAUCAUUGUAUGAAUACCAAAUCUAUUGGUCAGUCAUUGACGUUGUUAUUGAUUAUGUUUUUGCCACUAAAAAGGGCAACAUUUAUGUAUUUUGUUGGGGUUGAGGAUUAUAGGACAAUGUUUCAUAUAAAUAUGUACAGUGCUUAUAUAUGCUUUCAUUUGCCAAAUGGUGUUAAUUGGCAAUAUCCAACUUUCCUUUCAAAAAUCCAGAAAAGGAAGCAUGUGGGACUAGUACAAAACAAUUUAUCACAUGACAUAAUAUGAAAUGUAGCCGGAACUUGCCACUAGAUGGAGUCAUGAGCAACUUAACAGCUCUAAUGUGUAAAUAGGUUUUGUUUUUAUGUUGUAAAUUUGUGACAACUGGGGUAUCUGUUGAAUGGGGAAUAAAAUAAACAUGUAUAGGAUAAUAUAUGGUGGCAUGAGGACAUUCAUUUACCAUAAA